UUCUUAAAAUCGUUCCGCUUGAAAAGCCGCGAUCGUUUUACUCGAUCCGCACAAAAUGUCGCGAGUAAAUGUAAAAUUGAUAUUUUACAAACUUUGAUUAAUUUUUGUGGAAGUUUGACUAGUAUAGGUUGCAAACGAUACAAACUGCAAUUCUUUCCGAGAAAAGGACACAACGAACAUAUAGCAGAGUGCGACAAAGAUGCAAUCAUAACAGUUGUAGUAACCUGAUAUUAUCAAACAUAUAAUUUUUCGAAGUUGGUACACCUGGGGUCUGAGCAGUAUCCGAAGCGAAAAAGGGGCGUGGUUUGCGGAUUUUGCACACACCAUGUAAUACUUCCACCAUGAUAUUAGUUUCACUUCCAUGCCCGACACCCCCGACACCCUAUAUCUUGUUUGAACGAAUAUCUCGCUUCACGGGACAGAGCGAUUGUUAUUUUUGCUAAAUUUUUUCGAUUUAAGCAAAAACAUGUCGAAUGAGCCUGUUUUGAUCGAAAUUGCAGGUUUGAUUCAAUAAGGCUGGUAAAAUGCUUACACAGAGCGUGAUUAAUUUGCCACGUCUUGAGAGAAAAGUAGAGCUUGGUAUUUACAAAAAAUCUUCAUUGACAGAUGCAAAAAAAUUGCCCAUAUAUCAUCCUGCAGGAAAAAUUGCACCACAUGCUCUUGUCAAGCAAAAUGCCAUAUUGUGGGCAUACAAGCAAUUCCAAGAUCUAGAUGCCAAGAGAAUCUUUGUUAAUGGAGUAGCAGGAAUCUUGGAUUUUGGUUUGAUACGAAGAGUUGAGACAACUGCAAAGCCUGAUGGUGACUGGAUAAAAACAUAUCAUCAUGAAGCAUAUGACCAACUAACUGCUAAUGAAGUGAUGAAGAUAAUAAAUCCUGAGGAUAUAAACAAGGGCAUUAACUUAGUUAUAGCAACAAAGGCCAAUUUUUGGUUAAGGGGCCAUCACAUUGAGGGACAGGACCUGAUGGCACAUUGUGUUAAGAAAACAAUUUUAGGUUAUAACGAGAAAGCAACAGAUCAAAUGAUUUCUGCUGUGUAUAGUUUAGGACAGUUCUGCAGUACAUUAUAUGUAUUGACUUUGGCAGGAAUCUUACAUAUCAGACCAACUACUGAAGUCACAUCAAGUAACGGUGCAGUUUUUAAAAUGUCUGCUAAUGUAAAAUUAUGGUUUUCAUCUAUGCCUGCAGGUACACACCGCUUAGCAGUAGCUUAUGAAGCAGCAAAACGGCUUAUAUGUAGUGUUUAUGCACCUUUCUGCCCAGGAGUUGAAGAUUUUAAAUCACUACCAGAGUUGAAGGCAAAAGUGAUGAUGAAACCAGCAUUCUAUCACAUCAAUGCAUCAUAUCUAACAGGUGUUGAAAGAAAAUAUGCUGAUACUGAUAAUGAGGAAUUCCUAGGUCGUUUAGGGAUAUUUAUAAAUACAUUAUAUAAAAAUUCAACUCUUGCCAAAUCUCCACACAUUGCGAUUAGCAAGUUAGUAAACUAUUAUGACUAUGAUGCAAACUUCAAAGCCAAUUUGGUUGCUAUACUACAAAAACAAAAAGAAAUGCAUGUGAAGAUAACAGAAGAGAUAUUUGAACAUUUUGAACCAUUCAGAGUUACCCCACAGACAACUAUAAACCUAGUGCAUCAAGCAUUCCUGGCAGAUACAACUGCAGAUCUUCAGCUAGAUUCUUCUGGAACUGCAACUUCUCCCCCAACUAAACAAACUAGACUCUCAUAAACUUUGUCUCAGGAAUCUUAAGAACCGCAAACUCAAACUAUUUUUUAAACACAAACUUUUAAUGUAUCUUAAUUUUUUUUUAAGUUAAAAAUUAAUCUAUGAAAAAUACAGUCUCACAUAAACUAUUUCUUUAUUGUUUUAUAUAAACUUGAUUAACUAAUAAAAUAUUAAAUUUGUUUUAGACUAUAA